AUGUCAAUACCAAUUAAGUUGCUGCAAGAGGCACAGGGCCAUAUUGUCGACUUGGAACUGCAUACGGGCGAGACUUACCGGGGCCGGCUCAUUGGGAGCGAGGAUAACAUGAAUGUCCAGCUGGGGGAUGUCACAGUCACGAAAGUCGACGGCUCGCGGACCACGAUGGAACAUGUGUUCGUGAGAGGUUCGCAGGUCCGUUUCUUCACACUCCCGGACAUGCUGAGGAACGCUCCGCUGUUCAAGAAGGCGGAGAACCAGUCGAGGGCUCCGCCUCCAGUGAGAGGGCCCAAAAGAAGGUGA